UGGUCGCAAUCAUUGUUUCUCUGCAGCAUUAACCACAUUCCAGAGAGGCGCAGCGCAUCCCCGUCUUCAUCCCCGCAUUCCUUUUACGCAAACGAGUCCCCCGCGCAAAACGGCGUUUUACUCGGGUUUUCGUGCGCCUGGCGAGCUCGGACCCUCACGGGAAGGUUAUUCGAGGCGUGCGGGAAUAUCCAGGCGACUUUUCUCUCUUCCACGACGGCCGUGAGCGAAAACUAGAGGAAAAACCAACAAGGGGAAAUUCCUCCGCGCAGCGCGCCAUUGACUGUAAAGACCUUUCAACUUAACAAAAACUGAAGUUGACAAACGUAUCCCCUGUCGGCUGAAACUGUGAGAAAGAGUUUUGUGUUUUUCUUUUUUUUUUUUUUUCUAGGGAGAAGGGCGCAAAAAGAAGAAGAAGAAGAAGCAGAAGGAGAGAGACGAUGCGGCACACGGCGGAGCUUCAUGCGUGUGUCGGAGGUUUUGUGUGAACGAGGCUCAGCCGCCGCGUUUUGUUUUGAUUUCCAUGUGAAACGCAAUUAAGCGCUCCGCGGUGCUCGCUUAGUUCGGCGGAGCUCACUCUGAACUUGUUUCUCGCCCCGGGAGCACAACAUGGAGCACUAUCAGGAGGAUCUGGGACUCCGGGCCAGCAAACUGAUGGAGGAUCUUUCCCUGUACGACGCCUAUAAGGACGGGAUGUACAACGCGCGGAGAGACUUGGUGAUUAACCCCGAUUUGGACUUUUCGGCUCCGGCGGUGGCGGAGCAUAAAAGUAAGCCGAUGAAUGGCACCUCUGUGCUCCACCAGCAGCACCACACUGUGGAGAAUUUCACGUCGGGGAAUAAAGUGUACACGGCGGCUCCGGUGCGCCCCGUCAACUGCACCCGGACCGUCCCUGUGGAUUUCUGCGCCCCUCAGAGAGACGCGGUUUAUAACGAGGAGGGCUGCUGCACCAAAUCCGAGGUGGCUCUGCCGUGCUACACGGGCGCCUCCGAGAGGCACCGGAGGUACUCUCUGGAGGUGCAGGGCCACAGGUACAGCACCGGCUCCACCUUCGACGGCGUGCCCCUCAACAAGCCGGUGGCUCUGCCCGGCAACAGGUGCAACAGCGUCUGCAUCACCAGCAGCCACGACGGGCGGUACAACGCCACCAGCCCCCGGUCCAGCCUCGCGUCCUCCCUGUCCUCCCAGGAGCAGAGCAAGCAUGCCAGCCCGAGGUCGAGCAUCAGCAGCCCGCGCACCAGCCUAGUGGUGCCGGGCCAGGACAGGUACACCAGCCCCAGGUCUAGUUUAGUUCACUGUGAGGGCAACAGUGUCCUCAGUCCCAGAUCCAGCUAUGCAAGCACCGCCAGCGACACGAGCAAGCACUCCAGUCCCCGGGCCAGCCUGAACAGCUGCGACUGCUGCAGCAAGCCGAGCAGCAACCGCACCAGCGGCAUCAGCAUGGGCUACGACCAGAGGCACACCAGCCCCAGGUCGAGCACGGCGAGCCAGUACUCCUUCACCACCAGCCCCAGGUCCAGCUACUCCGACUCGCGGUACGGGCCCGUGGUCAACCACGAUCUGGAGGGGGCGAUCCUGCACGCAGCGCCGCUGGCGAGCCCCCGGUCCAGCAUCUGCAGCCAGGACGGGAGCGCAAGACCGGGGACCGCCGCGAACUGCGUGGUCAGCCCGCGCUCCAGCAUCUCCAGCCACAGCUCCAGAAGUUCCCGCAGCUCCAGGGGGUCUAUGAGCACCUACCCGGAGCUGCAGCUGCCCUCGCCCAGGUCCUCCAUGCUGGGCAGCAGCUUACACGAAGACACGCUGCUGCAGGAGUUUGGAGACUCCAACGGGAUCCAGAACCGCCUCCACCUGCAGGGACUGUCGGCGGUGCCAGAGCCCCAGCAGCAGUCGGCCCAGAGCGGGGGCACCGCGGAGCUGACCGCGGGGUCGCCCUCGUCGUUCAGCUACGGGAUCUCCACAAAAGCUGCGUCCUCGGGCCAGAGGUUCAAACUGCCCUACCAGGUGACCCCCAGCCGAGAGAGCGGGCCGAGCCAGGCGGAGAGGCGGCUGGAGGCGCUCACCCUGGAGCUGGAGAAGGAGUUAGAGAUGCACAUGAAGAAGGAAUACUUUGGUAUCUGUGUCAAAUGUGGGAAAGGUGUGUACGGAGCCAGCCAAGCCUGCCAGGCCAUGGGGAACCUGUAUCACACGAACUGCUUCACCUGCUGCUCCUGUGGACGGAGGCUGCGAGGGAAAGCGUUCUACAACGUCAACGGGAAGGUCUACUGCGAGGAGGACUUCCUGUACUCUGGUUUCCAGCAGACGGCCGAGAAGUGCUUCGUGUGCGGUCACCUCAUCAUGGAGAUGAUCCUCCAGGCGCUCGGCAAGUCCUACCAUCCCGGCUGUUUCCGCUGCGUGGUGUGUAAAGAAGGUCUGGACGGAGUGCCUUUCACCGUGGACGUUGAGAACAACAUCUACUGUGUCAAAGACUACCACACGGUUUUCGCUCCCAAGUGUGCCUCCUGCAACCAGCCCAUCCUCCCGGCCCAGGGCUCUGAGGAAACCAUCCGGGUAGUGUCCAUGGACAAGGACUACCAUGUGGAGUGUUACCACUGUGAGGACUGUGGUCUGCAGCUGAAUGACGAAGAGGGCCACCGAUGUUACCCACUGGAAGGCCACCUGCUCUGCCACGGCUGCCACAUCCACCGGCUCCAGUCGCAGGUCCCUGCCCACAUGCCCCCCAGCUACCCCCUCCAUGUCACGGAGCUGUGAGGGGGAGGAGGGCAGGCAGCAACUGAGCCCUGCCUCCCAGGUGAUCCAAGACACCAGCAGUGGGACAAAACAAAAGGCCUGCGCCCCCUCCAGCAGUCCCAGGGAAGCCUCUGAGCUGCCGCCCCCCGUCCUCAGCUGGACGGCCGGGCCGUGGACUAACACACACCGUGCAGCUCCCACCACAAGCCCUGUGGUCACAUGACAGGGCUGGGGGGGGAAAAAAAAAAAAAGGGUCCCCCUCCUCCUCCAUCUGUGGUCCUUUCCUCCCCCCCUUCCCCUGGGGUGCCGAAACCCUGAAAGCCAACACGCCGGCUCACCCAGAGGCCCCCGAUGACGUCACACCUCCUGACCCCGGCACAUUCAUCAAAGAGAGGGUUUUUUUUUUAAUUUUUUUAUUUUUUUAGGAAGAGAACGCAAAACUGUCUCUCUCCACGCUUUCCCUCUCUUCCUUUCCAUGUUUUUUUUCCAUUCCCGUGCUCUGACUGAAGCGGUUUACCGCAGUGGACGUCUGGAGAGCGCUGCUGAUGUCAGGGAAGGCCAGGGAACGAGCCCCCACUACAUGCUAGUGCUGGCUGGACCGGACAGACCCCGGGGUGGGCAUGCUGUGCCUUCAGAGCAGGCUCUCUCCCUGCAGCUUCUAACACUGAAAUGGAGCCCUGCUAAAGGCUAUGCAAAGGACACCCAGCAUCACGACACAGGGCUGGGAGUAGAAACCGUUAACUCAUCGCUCCUUUACCCGGCACCGCCCCGAAAUAACAGAUGCACCCGUAGCACCACAAGCCCAGAGGACCGACUGACAUUCCACUUAGAAGUCUUUAGACGAGACCUCGAGAGAUUCACAAGCAGUGUCUUAAUUAAUGAUUAUUUUAUGACAGGAAAAAAGAAAAUUUUAGAUGCACAUAGAUUGUCUUUUUUAUAUAUGAAUAUAUAUUUUGCAGAUGUUUUCCACAUAAGAUCAUAGAUGUAGAAUCUGUCUCUCUUUUUUUUUUGCUUUUUUUUGUUGUUUUUUUUGUUGCUGCGCUCGCGAUAGAUUCAGAAGUGAAAAAAAAAGGCUUCUGAAGAUUUUGGGUCUGUUGUAUCAUUUCUCCUCCAGGACUCAGAACCUCUCUCACGUCUGUCGGCGGGUCACAGAUCCACGCAGGCUUUGUAGGAGCGGACCUGACCCGAACAGCAUAUGCAUUCACUUGUUCAGUUCCACUUUGAGUACCAGAUCAUUUGAGCCCAAAUCACCAUUUUGGCAACAAAUGUGCUCCUCUUAGUAGACGGCUACAUUUGUUACAUUCCCCUUUCUUUGGUUGAAACUCAAGCAGGGUAUUAAAACAGCUUCUUAAACAUGUGACCUUCAUGUUCUGCAUCUAUAGACUGUUCGGACCUUCUGGAAACGGUGCUACUAUUUUGCCAAGUGAUCACACUGAGCUGGAAGAUUACGAUUUUAAACUUAAUCUUCAAAUCCGAGAGCUUAUCUAGGAGAUGGUCUUUAAUACUCAGAUUAAAGCUCUUUGCUGGAACGCUAAAAGACACUCAGCAGUCAGCAUAGAAAAUGCAAACUGUUGUCAAAGUUGUCCCCCCUGAGAUAAAGUCCCAGAAUACAUAUCUGUGGUUUAAACUGCAUGUCGUUUACUUUUAGAAACAGAGGAGCUCUUGAAGAUUUGGCUGAGCGUUAGUAUGUGAAACAUGAGCCGGUAGUUGUGCGACAAACAGACAACGUGUUGUGUGGGCCAGACGUCUGACUAAAAGCAUCAUUAAUGGAUCAUUUCCUUAUUUAUAUUUAUGUUAUUAUUUAUAACUUUCCAUGCUGAAAACAGAACCCUCAAGCAUUUGCUGAUGAAACGCAGUUUUUCUGUGGCAUCUGUCCCGUCUGGUACUCAAAGAGGAAUCACACAGUUGAAUAUGUGUUUUUUGCACCAGGUCUGUUCAGGACGCUGUUUCCUGGUGUGUUUUCCAGACACUGUUUUUUUUUUUUGUUUUUUUUUGUUUUUUUGUCAUGUGAGCACUGAGAACUCAGUGCGUUAACUACGAGGAACCUCCACUUUGUCCGCAUGCCUUAAGACAGAACAGGUGUGUGUGUCUGUGUGUGUGUGUGUGUGUGUCUUGCAGUCUGCUGCUGCUGUGUUUGUGGAGGACGGUCCCUGAGGAACCCGGAGCUGCUGGUCCCACCCGGGUUUUUCUUUCUUUUCUUUUUUUUCAUUUUUUUUUCAGGGGCGCUCCUCUCACGUUUCCCUCGCUGGUUGUGUGUGUCUGUGUGGGGCAGACGCUUGCAUGUGUGCGUUGUGUGAAUGUGUACGUAUGCAAAAAAAAAAAAAUCAACAUCUGAGCUUCGGUGGUGCCUCAGUAGAUCCUCCUCCUGUCAGAUAUAUUUAAGGGAACAACUGUUUUUGAGGAAAAGUGCACAUGUACGCAGAUCAACCCCAACUACAUGUGCUUAUUUCAGAUAUAAGCAAAUUGUGUAAAUGUGUGAGAGUGUGUGUGCGUGUGUGUGAGUGCGUGCCGGUGGCAGGGCCACGGCACCUCACUGUGUUUGCAGGGCAGCGCAGCACAAUGACCUCUGCCCUCUCCGAUGAUUUUAUGACGACCGCGUUCGUUCGCCACAUUUUUUCUCCCAGAUGUUUGUGUCUCAGCUCCUGGUGUCGGCUGUCUGGUACCAUAUCGGUGGAGCGAACGCUUACGUUCCAGUAGCUGAUAUAUAUUUAUAUAUAAUCGUCUGACUGUAGCAAACUCCACCCGUCUGGUAUUCAAACAAGAAUGAAACAAGCGCCAGUUGCUGCACACAAACACUGGCCCAGCUCUUAUUCAUUACUGUAUUACCGUACGCGCAGGUCUGAAUAAAUACUACUGAAUGUGUGAAAGACAGACUGAAGGCAGGGGUCACCGCAGGCAGACAAGUGCUUCUCUAAUGUAACCUGAUGUGAUGAGAUUUCAUUUCGAAUGUAAUAAUGAUAAGUGUUUGUUCUCCUCCCCUGGUUGGAUAUUUUGUAAAAAGGACUGCAUGUGUGAGACAUUCCCCGUGUUGUUUGAUUAACCUCAGCUUUUUUUGUACAGGGGUUCAGGUCCAGUCAUGUGUGCCAUACUUGAAGAAUGAGGCAUUUUAUUUUUUAUUUUAUUUUAUUUUAAUUUUUUGGAAACUUUGUCUGCACAGAAAACAACAAGAACAAGAAAACAACUUAACAAGAUCAGAGUGUAUCCCCCCUGUUUUUUUUUUUUUUGUUUUUUUAAAAAAAAAGAUGUCUUAAUUCACCUGUUUUUAAAAAGUACUACUUCAGUUUCUAUUGCAUAGCACACAGAUAGUUACCCUGUACAUAAAGAGGCUAGUUUUUUAUUUUAUUUUUCUGUCAAAAAUCACUUGGAAAGAAGAGAGAAGACUUCCUCCUUCUCCUGUUACUGGUAGUUCCAGCGAAGCACAUCUCGACACCUGUCACACAUCUUUUUGUAUCGCUAAGUGUUUUGAUUACCUAGAUGGUUCAUACAAAAAAAAAAAAAACAACAACAAAAAAAAGGAAACUAGAUCUAUUUAUCUAAACAUGAAAAAAAGUCUAAAGUUAUUUAAUGUAUUAAAAAAAAUCGGGACGUAUCAUUUAACUGUAGAUGACAUAAUCUGCUUUUUCAAUAAAGUGGUUUUGUAGCUAACUGCAACAAAAA